AUGCCGUACACGACACACCGGCAAUUCAGAGCCUGUGUGGGUUGUGCCGUAUUGUACCCUGCGGCACAAGUACUGUGCAUCCCGCUGACCUGUCUUUGUCCCCACUGUGAAAUGUUGACGUGAGAAACCCCCUUUCGAGAUUGGCCGACUUUAUGAUAGGCACAUUCGUCCUGUCCGCCUUACUCGUCAUUCCCUUGUGCGCUGCUUCCCUUCCUCCUCUCCUUCCCUCCCUUCUUCCUUCCUUCCUUCCUUCCUUCCUCUCCUUCCCUCCUCUGCCCACCCGACCUUCCUCCAUAGCCCUACUUUCCCGCGCACAACCACCCUUCAACAAACCCCACCCAGCCAAACUACCCAAUCCCUCAACCCAAUCCGCAAAGAAGCGACAAUGUCUCACCCUUUCAUCCGCAAGUUCUCGCAUCGCGCAAGUGGAAUCUACAGAUCUCCCCGCACCAUUAUUAUGUACUCCUACCUUGUUGCACGUACUCCCCUCCCCUUCCCCCAUAUUCCAUAACUGACAAUCGAAUGACAGGCGGGCUUCUCCCUCCCCUUCGCCCUCCCCGCCGCCAAAAGGCUCUCUUCAGAGAACAACAAGUCUGUUUCCCGCAAUAGGCCCUCCCCUUCUCUUUUUUUUUUAUUUUUCCUACCCCGCGAACCUUCCUUGCUUCACACUCCCCCACAGAACGUAGCUGACUGGCUUCGAUGGUCAUUGUAGCGGUGGUGGCGGCGAUGAUAUCUCUCUUUACCACUGCUGCCGCUAAGCUUUGGAAAUGAACGGGGAAUUGGGAGGAUAUCAUCGGACGGAGGCGCAAUGCAUGCAUUUUCCGACGGGGGCGUUUGGGAUUUUUUUAUCUGCUUUCCUUUCACAUGACGUUUCCUUUGCUUUCACCUUUUACAUUUCUAAACAAUAUGGAGGAGGAGGUUUGGUAUGAUGCUGGUACUGGAGGCACAGACGCACGAACCCUAGACCCGUAGUGGAGAUUUUAUAUAUUGGUUGUCU